CACGCAUGUUCAUUUCCGGAAAAAAGACAACAACACCCUGUUCGGCGCUGUCUGGUGCGAACGAGGUCGUUGUUAUUAUCAGCGCUGUAGCUCGAAAAUAACUCAGCGCUGGAGUUGUUAAAAUCCACGAUUAGUCGCAAUAACGCUUGACGAGAUUAAUAUAAAAUAAAUGCAACAUGGAGGUCAUUGAGGCAAUUGUCACAGACGCCAUUGAGGUGGAAGACUCAACAACUACGGUUACGACUUUGGAGACCGAAAAGUCCAAAGCAGAGUUUGUGUGGACACUACAAGCUACAUGGCAUCUCGUCCAUGUUCGUUUGGACAUGGACCCAGAGUUCGACCAGCCCGUGUGCAAAAAAAAGAAGCUGUGGGAGACUGUGGCUGAGAGAGUGACUGCAAAGCUAAGAGCCGAGGAAGGCACAGACGUUUCAGUCAAAGCCUUCGAAUGUGACCUGAAGUGGAGAAACAUGUUAGCAACGUAUCGCAAAAAUGCUGAGCGAUCCAAAAGAUUGGGAACCAAUAGUGUUCACUGGGAGUUCUUCAAGGAGAUGCAUGAAGUGCUGGGAAGGAGCUACGAGGAGGUUGAGGCUCAGCGCAAGACAAAGCUUAACGGCACCAAGCUGGGCAAGGCCAUAGCCAGCAAACGAUUUACCCCGAUACGUCCCACACCCACCGCUACAGCUCCACAGUUACCCAACGCCAGGCCUCCUCAGGAUUUGCUGCAGUUGUACCUGGAGCUGCAGGAGAGGAAACUGAACAUGUGGGCUCAGCAGAAAGCGCUGGAAGAGAGGAAGAUCGAGGCCAUCAAUAAUUUGGCACGUGCCAUUACUUGCCUGUCCCAGGACAAUACAAUGCAAAUGCCCAAAGAGUGUGAAACGUCGGACACCCCUAUUUCCCAACAAUAGGAAUUAGUUGUGUAUUUAUCAUUGUCUUUUCAGAUGAGAAAUAGAUUUUUAUUUUUAGAGAAAUGCCUGAUAUGUUGAACCCUUUUCAGAGAAUUAAAAAGACUUGAAUUGAACAGCGACUUGAAAUAUGCUUGGUUUUCCUUUCCUUCAUUAUGAAUUGCACAAAUAUAAAUGAGCAGUUUAAAUGGUCACAUUCAUGUAAAAUGAGAAAAGGACAAGUUGUACAUAGUAUUUUUGUGUUUUAAUUAAAAAAAAACAGAAAAUGUUUGUCACAAUUUGUUUUUCUGCUAAAGCUUCCUUCAUACCACCAAAUUUUCAUUAAUUACACACAGCUUUAAAGGGAUAGUUCACCCAAAGAUGACAAUCCCGUCAUCAUUUCCAUAUCAUUCCAAAGUUUGUGACUGUUUUGUUUUGAUAUGAAUGGACCAGUGUUAUUAUCAUUAACUUAAACUAAAACCAUAAUAAAUCAAUACUUGAAAUAAAAUUGAUAUUAACUGAAAUAAAAUACAAAAA